CCACUGUGACUUUUCUAUUCCAUGGUAGUCUCACUCCGUCGUGACCCUGUAGAUUGGCGACAUCACUCGAAACCCGUUUGACGUCAGAUCAAGGGCUUUGCGACAGAGGCGUCCGGUUGAGAUCAUUACAAGCUCUUUGUUGCAGGCGAGGCGGCCUCUCUCUUACCCAUUGUUAUUUUAUUGCCCCACCAUUCGACUUCCGCGGCGGAUAGAAUUGAGCAAGCCGCCCGCAAUCACUAAUUAUUUCCAGCUUUGUCAUUGAGUUGUGCCCACCAAUUUCAACACCAACAACAUCUCAUUUUCCUGUGGUGUCUACCUGAUCUUCUCCUCGUCUACCACCGAACCCCUUCCGAUAUCAAUCAUCAUGGCCGACACAGUCCUUCGUCCAGAAGAGCCUGAGAAUGCAGGUUCGGUCGAGCUCAAGGAGAACACUGUGAUCGUCGUACUAGGCGCGUCUGGCGAUCUCGCAAAGAAGAAGACGUUUCCUGCGCUCUUUGGCCUGUACCGGAACAAAUUCCUGCCCAAGGAUAUCAAGGUCGUUGGAUAUGCCCGAACUAAGAUGGACCACAACGAAUACCUUAGACGAGUCAAAUCCUACAUAAAGACCCCGACAAAAGAGGUGGAGGAACAGCUUGAGCAGUUCUGCUCGAUCUGCACAUAUAUUGCCGGACAAUACGACCAAGAUGAGCCGUUCCAGCAACUGGACAAGCACAUAACCGACAUCGAGGGUGGCCGUAAGGAGAACAACAGAGUUUUCUACAUGGCAUUGCCUCCCAGCGUCUUCAUCACCGUCUCUCAGCACUUGAAGAGGAACUGCUACCCGACUGGUGGUAUUGCGAGAAUAAUCAUUGAGAAACCAUUCGGCAAAGACCUGAGUAGCUCGCGGCAACUGCAGAAAGCUCUCGAACCAGAUUGGAAGGAAGAAGAGAUCUUCCGUAUUGAUCACUACCUCGGAAAAGAAAUGGUGAAGAACUUGCUCAUCCUCCGAUUUGGUAACGAAUUCUUGGGUGCUACCUGGAACCGUAAUCAUAUCGACAGCGUCCAGAUCACAUUCAAGGAGCCUUUCGGUACUGAGGGACGAGGUGGUUACUUCGACGAAUUCGGCAUCAUCCGUGAUGUGAUGCAGAACCAUCUACUGCAAGUCCUCACUCUGCUUGCCAUGGAACGACCUAUUUCUUUCUCAUCAGAAGACAUCCGUGAUGAGAAAGUCAGAGUUCUUCGCGGCAUGCCUCAAAUUGAACCCAAGAACGUCAUUAUUGGUCAGUAUGGCAAGUCACUGGACGGCACUAAGCCAGCAUACAAGGACGACGACACAGUCCCCAAGGAUUCAAGAUGUCCCACAUUCUGCGCUAUGGUCGCCUUCAUUAAGAAUGAAAGAUGGGAUGGUGUGCCGUUCAUCAUGAAGGCGGGCAAGGCACUCAACGAGCAGAAGACCGAGAUCCGAAUCCAAUUCAAGGAUGUCACUUCCGGUAUCUUCAAGGACAUCCCGCGAAAUGAGCUCGUCAUUCGAAUUCAGCCCAACGAAUCAGUCUACCUCAAGAUGAACUCGAAAUUGCCCGGCUUGUCUAUGCAGACAGUUGUCACCGAACUCGACCUUACUUACAGACGACGCUUCUCUGAUUUGAAGAUUCCAGAAGCGUACGAGAGUUUGAUCCUCGAUGCGAUGAAGGGUGACCACUCCAACUUCGUCCGUGACGACGAGCUGGAUGCUUCCUGGAGGAUCUUCACUCCUCUUCUGCAUUACCUUGAUGAGAAGAAGGACAUUGUUCCUAUGGAAUAUCCUUAUGGUUCUCGUGGUCCGGCUGUCCUUGAUGACUUCACUGCCUCCUAUGGUUACAAAUUCAGCGAUGCAGCUGGUUACCAAUGGAACACCCAGAGCACGCCAAACAAGUUGUAGGCUGACUUUCUUUGGUCUCAUGGUAUGGGUCACGCAGAUCAUCGGAAGGGAAAUGCACUGUAUACUCAUGAUGAUGUCGAGAGAAUCGUGAGCCGUUGCCUAACGGAUGCAAUACCCUUUCGCUGACUCAGCGAGAGAACAGCGUGUGGGAGGGGAACUUCACGCGGGUCAGAUAGAAGCUCACAAUUGACGACAAUUCAUGCAAUGACUUACCUGCCUGAGUCUAGGUAAAUAGACAUAUAGCUUUGUGUGCAUAGAACCGAGCUGAAGAAGUGAUGUUCCCGGCUUGCUCCUUGUUUUCAUCGGUAAGCAGGAUGCUUUGUUCCAAUCAGAUCUUCG